AUGGAAGAAACAGAUGAAAAGACACCGUUGUUAGGGAAAGAAAAUGGUCGAAACGAAGUCAAUGGUUAUCUUAAAACUGAUGAAUCUAAAUUAUCAUCAUCAUUAGAUAAAAAUGGUGAAAGCAAGAAAGAGGAUGUUCAAUCGGCAACAUUUGGUGAAUUGUUUGCCUAUGCUACCUGUUUGGACAAGUUCUUAAUGAUCAUUGGAAGUUUAUUUGCCAUGGGUUCAGGAGCAGCCUGGCCUGUAAUGACUCUAAUCUUUGGUAAAAUGACAAACUCCUUUAUUCAAGGUGAGCAUUGUGAGAUAUUAUCUAUCUAA